AUGGUGGAGGUGCGAAUGCAUGAACGGAGUUUGUUGAGCCUAACCCUAAUCCUGACAGAUGCAGCCGAGCAUAGCCUCGCCGUUAGCCGGCGUUUAAUCAAAUGGAGGAUAAAAUCCGUUCGAGAUAAAUCGGGGUUUAACAUCUCUUUCGCUGUAAAAUUCGCAGCCGUCUGGGCGACAAAUUUGCCUUACUCUAUGAUCCUUCUGGCUAAUAUCCCGAAGAUUACUUUGUUGCUUGGCAGUCCAAGCCAUGCGCAGAACUUCCAGCUAUUAGUAGAAAUUCUCACCAACUCACUUUUUGCAAGGCACAAUAUAGCCCGAGCACGUCUGAAACGAACUCAUAGCCACGGCAUGCGACAAACGGGAAAGCACGAUGUAGUCCCUUCCGCUUCGGAAAUUUAUAGCCACAUCGUAAAAGACUUUCGCCGCAGAGAAGAAUUGGAAGCUCUUGACGUCAUCUCUACGAUCUUAUAUCAAAAGCCUCUAGCCGUAGAUAACUUGCAAUGCUGCUGUGUCUCUUCACACUUCCACUACGAUAUUCCUUCACCUCCUCUAUUGUUGCAAAUAGAGAAGUCGUGGCCAUGGCAAUGGCCGAGGGGCUAUAGGAAGGAAGAUUUUGUCGCACGUGUCUCACGCGAUACCAUACCCAUCUCCUUAGACCUUACAAUACACUCGUACAAUCCACUUUGUUUGGAUCUCACUACCUUCUCAUGCAAGAGAUUUCCGUAUCAGGAACGGGACAUCUAUCUCUCAUACUCCUGCAGCAUCCUCAACACACUCUCCAUCAAGACGCAUAUGGGUAUUAUAAUUAUUUUAGAAAUUAUGUAUUAUUCGAAAUUGGACUGCGCUGUUUGGGGAACAAACCCUUCCAAUAUGUUGGCACAGCAAGAGCCAAAUGGUAUCCUAGGUCAUGCGACUGGCGCUGGUAUGGCGCUGGCUAAAAUAGCGAGAGAUGGUAAAGAUCGUGAUGUAGAUGGUGAAUACGCGCAGGGGUGUCGCAAGGUGAGCCUAGAUGGAGCUGGUGAGGCUGGUGGAGGGCAUAUAUAG